AUGCGAACAAUCGAUGGCGAUGCCGGCAGCGGGAGCCGAGCCGCUCAUGUCCCGGAUGUCUCCUUGCACUGCCCGGUGGCGACGAAACACCCUUCGGAGCGCGCGGUCGGUGUCCCCCGUCCAGCCGAGGGCGACUUGGGGCAGAUUUGGAGGUGGAACGAGGCGCUCCCGCCAACCAUCGAAACCUGCAUGCAUGACAUCUUCACCGACCAAGCGAGACGCCAACCGGACGCAAUCGCCGUCGAGGCCUGGGAUGGAACGCUAACGUACGAAGAGCUUGAUCAUCUGUCCACUCGACUGGCCCACCAGCUGCGCCGCCAACACGUCGACAUCGGCACCCGCGUGCCGCUAUGCUUCGAAAAGUCCCUCUGGGCCGUUGUCGCCCUGCUCGGCGUCAUGAAAGCCGGAGCAACCUUUUCCCUCACCGAUCCGAGCCAGCCGGAAGCACGCUUGCGAACCAUCGUGGAACAGACCGGCGCUGACCUUGUCGUCACCUCCCUUCUUCAGGCCGAGCUCGGUAAAAUGAUAUGCGGGGAGGGGCAAGUCCUCGCCGUGUCGCGGGAGCACCUCGAUCAGAUGCCCAUCUCGUUCGAGGAACGGCUUCCACGAGUACCGCCAUCCACCGCAAUGUAUGUCAUCUUCACAUCAGGCAGCACCGGGAAGCCAAAGGGCGUCGUCAUUUCCCACCAGAAUUACACCAGCGGCGCCAUUCCGCGAGCCGAAGCCGUCGGCUACGGGCCCGGAUCUCGAGUCUUUGACUUUCCUUCCUAUGCCUUCGACGUGAGCAUCGACUGCAUGCUCUGCACCUUGGCCACCGGUGGUCGAAUUUGCGUUCCGUCCGAAGCCGAUCGCAUAAACGACCUGAGCGGUGCUAUUCGAAAGAGCCGUGCGAACAUGGUUCACAUGACCCCCUCGGUCGCUCGCGUUCUGGACUCCGACAUUAUACCCUCCUUGGACGUCCUGGGCUUGGGAGGGGAGCCGAUUUCGGCGAGCGAUGCCGCCGUGUGGGGGAAAUCAACCAGUCUCGUCAUCGCCUACGGCCCAUCCGAGUGUACUGUCGGCUGCACCAUCAACAACACCGUCGCGCUGUCGACGGGCAUCGGGAAAGGCGUGGGCGGGUCCAUUUGGAUAACGGAUCCCGACAACCACGAUAUCCUGAUGCCCAUAGGCGAGGUCGGCGAGCUCCUUGUCGAAGGGCCAGUCGUGGGCGUUGGCUAUCUGGGCGAGCCCGAAAAGACGGCCGAGGUUUUCAUCGAAGACCCGCGCUGGCUCACCCGAGGGUGCGAAUCCGUCCCUGGGCGCCGGGGCCGCUUGUACAAGACCGGGGAUCUGGUCAAGUACGAACCGGGUCUCUCCGGAUCCAUCGAAUUUGUCGGGAGAAAAGACCAACAGGUCAAGCUACGUGGUCAGCGGGUUGAGUUGACCGAAGUCGAGCACCACCUGCAAACCUGUCUUCCGUCGGGCAUCAAAGUCAUUGCCGAAGUCGUGAAACCGGAAAACGGUGCACCGUCACUCGUUGCCUUCCUCUCCGAGCCGAACAUGGGCCAAGGCUCGGAUGCUGAUUCCUUGACGGUUGAGCCUUCCCCUGCGCUGGCGACGGCCCUGGCGGCUGUUCACUCAAGCAUGGGCGCCAGGGUACCAAGAUAUAUGAUCCCAGCCGCGUUUUGUACCCUUCGCCAUAUGCCAUCUUUGGUCUCGGGAAAGACGGAUCGAAAGCAACUUCGUGAGAUGGGACUCUCCAUCCCGCGGGAAAGGUUCGCUGGCGCUGGUUCCGCAGGCGAUCGAGAGGACGAGCCGGAAACGGAUCGGGAGAAACAGCUGCAGCGAGCAUGGCGCAAUGUUCUCGGCGAAGCCGCCCAAAUAUACAAGAGCAGCAAUUUCUUUGCCCUUGGAGGAGACUCCCUUCGAGCGAUGAGACUGAUUGCCGCCGCAAGAGAGGAAGGUCUGGCUUUGACCGUCGCCGAGAUCUUCACGAACCCUUCUCUUAGCGCCAUGGCGGCAAGAGCAGCGGAUGUUUCGGAUGAAAUUCAACAUGCAAUCGAUCCAUUUUCGUUGCUGGAUGCAGAAUGGGACACCGAUGAAGCGAAAAGGCAAGUGGCCAAUCUUUGCUCCGUCGAUCCAGACCUCGUCGAAGACAUUUAUCAGUGCACUCCACUUCAGGAGGCCUUGAUGGCUCUUUCCGCCAAGGUCAAGGAGGCGUACAUCGCGCAGCGAGUUGUGUCGCUGCCAGACACGGCAACGGCUGAGAGACUCAUUGCCGCCUUUGAAAGCGCAAAGCAAGAUUGCCCGAUCCUGAGAACGAGAAUCGUUCAAGUCUCGGGUCGGGGGCUCGUCCAGGUCGUCGUCAAGGGAAAGCUCCAGUGGUACUCCGGUUCGAACCUAGACGAGUAUCUCACAUCCGACAGAAACGACGACAUGGAGACCGGGAAGCCACUUGUUCGAUAUGCCGUUAUCAACGACGUUUCGAGAAGCAGCGUUAGCUUCGUUUUGACCAUGCACCACGCCUUGUAUGACGGCUGGGCGAUGCCCUUGGUUGUCGAUCGCGUGAACAAGGCCUUCCAGGGGCAGACAUUGACUCGGCCGGCUGAGUUCAAGCAUUUCAUCAAGUAUCUGCAAAGUAUGGAUAGAAUCGAGUCGGCAGCGUAUUGGAGGGAGCAGCUUAAGGGUGCCACCGGUCCUCAGUUCCCCCCGCUUCCCUUCCAGGGUUACCAAACGCAGGCCGACUCGUUGCUCGAAGUCUAUGUACCGCUGGAAAACUCGCCCGCAUCCAUCUUCACAGUCGCGACGGUCAUUCGAGCAGCGUGGGCGCUGGUCGUCUCUCAGUACAUCAACGGCCAUGACGUUGUCUUCGGAGAGACGCUCACAGGCCGCAAUGUGCCGAUCGUGGGCGCCGAAGAGAUUGAAGGACCGAUGAUCACUACCGUUCCGGUGCGAGUCCAGGUCGACCGAGACACGCCCGUGGCCGAGUAUCUCCAAGCGAUUCAGGAACAAAAUGUUGCGCAAAUUCCCCACGAGCACUUUGGCCUGCAGCACAUCCGCAAACUUAGCCCGGACGCUCUCGAAGCGUGCGAGUUGCGUACUGGACUUGUUCUUCACCCCAGCACAGAAGGGGAUGUCUUGCAAGGUGAAGACUUGCCCGCCAAUCGGUUGGUACCGGCCGGUGAUGCCGAGGCUGCCCAGGAGGCUCUCAAGUUCAACACAUACGCGCUCAUGCUAGUGUGUUCCCUCGACCCCAAAGGCUUCCUUGUCAUGGCAAGCUUCGACUCCACGACCGUGACCUCACCCUUGAUGCAGCGCAUCUUGGAUCAGUUCACGCACGUCGCACAGGUGCUGUACGGAAAGGCGACUGGUCGCCUUGGAGACAUUUCAAUUCUGUCCGAGACUAACUUGGGCGAGCUGAGGGCUCACAUGAUCGCAAGCAAGGCCGAUCCGGUUCUCCAAGCCUUCGAGGGUUCUCUGCUUGGAUGCAUUGUCGAUGCAAGGGACAGCAACCGGGCAGUCCCCCUUGGUGCCGUCGGUGAGCUGAUCGUGCAGAGCACCAGGGAAUUGCAUCUUGCCCCGGUCCCGACACCAGCUUGGGUGGACCAGUUGCGCGUCUGCGAAGCUGACGGCGGGUUCUACAAUACUGGAAAGCUCGCCAAAUACGAUGCCGGUGGCCACCUUCAACUUGUCAAGGCGGGUCCUAAGCAAGCAAGCAACAUGGCAUUCCAGCAGCUGCCCAAGAAACGCUUGUCGGUUACCUCUCAGCGACAGAGGAAGCUGCGCAAAUUGUGGUCUCGAGUACUGCCUAUUCAAGAGGACGAUAUCGGUCUCGAUGACAACUUCUUUUUACUAGGCGGCGACUCCAUUGCCGCCAUGAAGCUCGUCUCCGACGCCCGUAUCGAUGGUAUCAAGUUGACCGUCGUGCAAAUGUUCCAAAAGCGUUCUCUGUACGAAAUGGCUAGCAUCCUGGAAGAGGAGGUCCCAACGAAUGAGGUGACCGAACCUGUUCCACCAUACUCUCUUCUUGAUGCCAAGGACGCCAGCGGAUUUGUCGAGACCGCGUUGAAACCGCAGCUUGCGAAUAAAGAUUGGAAAAUUGUCAAUGUUCUGCCUACCCUUCCGCUGCAGCAGGUUGCCGUCAAAGGAACAACGCAGUUCCCAAGGUAUUCUUGCCGGUACGAGCUCGUGUUCUUUGACGCAGCCAUAGACAAGGAUCGUCUUUCCAGAGCUUGCGAGGAGCUCGUUUCCCAAAAUGAGAUCCUCCGAACCGUCUUUGUCGAGCACGAAAACCAGGGGUACGGCGUCGUCGUUGAAGACUUGGGCGCUUCCGUUGUCAAGUAUACAGUUGACAGCGGCGUCGACGACUUUGCUCGGCAGCUCUGCCGGCUCGAUUUCAUGACGAGCCAACCGCUCGGCUCGGCCUUUGUCAAAUGGUUCCUCGUCGAAUCUUCUCCGGCUGGCCAAGCAUGCCUCAUAUUCCGCCUCUCCCACGCGCAGUACGACGAAAUAUGCCUACCCAUCCUCCUCGGCCAGCUCUCCGCACUGUACGAAGGCAAGCCCGUCCAGAAGACGGUCCCAUUCUCAUCUUACGUCGGCCACGUCGUCCGACAAUGUGCCGCUGCCAGCAUUCCGUAUUGGCGCGAUCUUCUCGCCGGCUCUGCCAUGACGAUUCUCAAGCCAGACAUUCCCGUCGAGAGGAGCAACCACUUUGCGGUCCAGAGGACAGUCGACAUCUACUCCCGCCCUAGGGACAUCACGGUGGCCACCCUCCCCACGGCCGCUUGGGCUCUCUGCCUUGCCCGGCGUCUCUCCCUGCGGGACGUCGUCUUCGGUGAGGUCGUCAGCGGCCGCAACAUCGACUUCCCCAACGCCGGCGCUGUCACGGGGCCCUGCUGGCAGUACGUUCCAGUGCGCGUACGCUUCGAUCCUUGCUGGACUGUCCUCGAUCUCCUCACGCACAUCCAGCACCAGCAUGUCGCCUCGUCCGCCCACGAGGCCAUAGGGCUCGGCGAAAUCAUGGCUCGGUGCACAGACUGGGAUUUGUCCACAACGCCGGACUGGUUCGACUCGGUCGUGCACCAGGACGUCGCCCACGUGGAGACAUUGCCAUUUUCAGCCGCCAGCGGUCGGCUGGAGACGUUGUACCUGCACGAGGAACCGCUGCGCGAGUGGAAGGUACAGGCCUACAUCGACGGAGACGAGAUGAAGCUCGAGAUUGUCACGGUGGAUAGCUGGGGCGAGUUUGCCAAGGGUCUGCUCGACGAGCUGGUCGAUAUGGCACGCUUUAUUGUGCAGGAACCAAAGGCCAUGUUGUCGGAAGUCAUGUAA